ACACAGGGACACGUGAGGAGUGGCUUCUCCUCGGUGUUGGCUCUGGGCGCGAGCAUCAUCUGUAACAAGAUCCCAGGCCUGGCUCCCAGACAGCGGGCGAUCUGCCAGAGCCGGCCGGACGCCAUCAUCGUGAUAGGAGAAGGCUCGCAAAUGGGCCUGGACGAGUGUCAGUUUCAGUUCCGAAACGGCCGCUGGAACUGCUCUGCACUGGGCGAGCGCACGGUCUUCGGGAAGGAGCUCAAAGUGGGGAGCCGGGAGGCCGCCUUCACCUACGCCAUCAUCGCCGCAGGCGUGGCCCACGCCAUCACCGCCGCCUGCACCCAGGGCAACCUGAGCGACUGCGGCUGCGACAAGGAGAAGCAAGGCCAGUACCACCGCGAGGAGGGCUGGAAGUGGGGCGGCUGCUCCGCCGACAUCCGCUACGGCAUCGGCUUCGCCAAGGUCUUUGUGGAUGCGCGCGAGAUCAAGCAGAACGCCCGGACUCUCAUGAACUUGCACAAUAACGAGGCGGGCCGCAAGAUCCUGGAGGAGAACAUGAAGCUGGAGUGUAAGUGCCACGGGGUGUCGGGCUCGUGCACCACCAAGACGUGCUGGACCACGCUGCCGCAGUUCCGGGAGCUGGGCUACGUGCUCAAGGACAAGUACAACGAGGCCGUCCACGUGGAGCCCGUGCGCGCCAGCCGCAACAAGCGGCCCACCUUCCUGAAGAUCAAGAAGCCCCUGUCCUACCGCAAGCCCAUGGACACGGACCUGGUGUACAUCGAGAAGUCGCCCAACUACUGCGAGGAGGACCCGGUGACGGGCAGCGUGGGCACGCAGGGCCGAGCCUGCAACAAGACGGCCCCCCAGGCCAGCGGCUGCGACCUCAUGUGCUGCGGCCGCGGCUACAACACCCACCAGUACGCCCGCGUGUGGCAGUGCAACUGCAAGUUCCACUGGUGCUGCUACGUCAAGUGCAACACGUGCAGCGAGCGCACGGAGAUGUACACGUGCAAGUGAGGCGGGAGCUGCCUCGAUCCUCACAGGGAGCUGCAGAAACUCCCCGCGCUUGUCUUUCCUGCUGAAGAGGGCCCUGUUCCGGUUUCCGGCCGGCCCUGCGGGAGGAAGCCCCGGGCCCUCGCCUGCUCUGUUCCACAUCCAGGGCCGCUCCCCCUCCCCGACGAGGCCCAGGCCCCUGCGCGGCUGGAAUGAAGCCUUUCGCUGGAACUCCGGGCCCUCCGGCCUCGUCGUAGCAAUAUUUAACAAUUUAUUCUGAUAAAAAAAAUAAUAUUAAUUUAUUUAAUUAAAAAGAAUUCUUCCGUCUCGUCGGGAUCCGUUUUCUGCAAUCAAAGUGAACUUGCGCUUUGCUGGCGGGAUGAUUUGUGUCUCUAGAACCUGGAGCGGUGUAGAACUGUACUUAGGUAUUCUUUCUGCAGACGUUUCUGCAAAUAUCUUCCCCCUGCAGCGCUAGAGGUUUAAGUACAACAAGCAGACAUCCCUUACAGUUUAUACACAUACUGGUACACACACACACGCACACACACACACACACACACUCGUUACACACAUAUACAUAUAUGCUAUUUGCUGCUACUUAGCCAGAAACUGAAGCUGGUCCAGAUUUGAGAUUUUUUUUUUUCCAGAACUUGCUUCUCAUUCUUCUGUCCUCCGAAGUUCAAACAUUGUGAUUAGAAAGAAAUCUAGUUAGAGAGAGAGAGAGAGAGAGAGAGAGGAGAAGGGGGGAAGAGUAAACUCCCAACUGUUUUCAUCAUAUGGAAAGUGAGCCACUGGAUAAGAAUAUUUUGUAAGACUAUUUUUAUAAGAAUAUUUUAUUUAUAUGGAGCCUACUGUAUCCUCCCAUGGCCUGUGUGUCUUCUUAAUGCUGACCCUCAAGGGGGUGAGGAGGGGUGCGUCCGGGGCACUGGGCAGGUCCAAGAGGCCAGAGCAGCCCCCAGAUGCCUAGGGUUGGGGCAUCAUUCAUGUUGACUGAGAAGAAACCCAGCCCCAGGCUCUGCCUGUGAAUAAGGGCUUUGGGCAGGGUCCCUCGGGGUGAGUCACUCGGGCGGGCAUGUGUGCCAGUGCCCUCUACACUUGCGUGACCAUCAUGGGCACUGGGCCAUCAGCACCAGGCAGAAGCCAGCUCAGGGACCCUCGCACCUCACCGAAAUGGCCCUGCCACUGCCUGCGUCCUCAGAGAGGGGAGGAAAACGGGCAGGGAAGCAGCUCACAAGCUCUGAGGCCCAAGGACUUGCUGGCCUGUUCUGGUGGGCUGGGGGAGAGGUGAGAGUCAGCCUCUCUGCUUUGUCCUGGCCGCACCCAGUGCCUCUCGACAUGGGAAGCUGUGGAUGACAUCCUGAGUGUCAGUUUGCAUCUCUGUGUGCGUGGACGUCUUGAGGUUGUCAUGUGACUGUGCCCUGAAGCACCUCUAGUGUGUGUGUAUGUAUGUGUGUGUGUGUGUG